AUGGAUGCAUGGGGAAAGUGGAGAAUAUUAAUCAAGAUGAAUCAGAUUUGUCUUGCUCUACUUCUACUUGUUUCGACAACCUUUGCCGAAGAAGCCGUAUUGUUAAAAGCCGCCGAGCCGAUUGCUGAUAGCUACAUAAUAAAACUCAAGAGUCAUGUCGACGUCGAAUCUAUUACAUCUACCAUCAGAGUUGCCGGUGGUCGUGUGGACCAUAGUUAUAAAAGACUCUUUAAAGGAUUCUCUGCUCGUCUUUCUGAUGAUCUACUGAAGAUGGUCCGUUUGAUGCCUGGUAUUGAGUACGUAGAAGAAGAUGGGGUGGUUCGAGCCAUGGAUGUAGGCUGUUGGGGUUUGGAUAGAGUAGAUCAACGAAACUUGCCCCUCGACAAUAGCUACGCCCCUUCGGCCAGUGGGAAUGGAGUUGUUGUGUACGUAAUCGAUACAGGGGUAAACCAGAACCACGAUGACUUCGAAGGUCGUGCAGUCCAUGCCUGGACAUACCCAGGCGGCACAGCUGAGGAUUGUCAAGGCCAUGGCACCCAUUGUGCUGGCAUCGUCGGCUCCUCAACGUAUGGCGUGGCAAAGAAGGUCACGAUCAAAGGGGUCAAGGUACUCAAUUGCUACGGGAGUGGCUCAUACUCGGCUAUGAUUGCAGGUAUUGAUUGGGUAGCUACAGAUGCCAUUGGAAGUGAUGCGGUAGCCUCCAUGUCUGUAGGAGGAGGGGCCUCUGCUACUCUUGAUGAUGCUAUAAGAACACUGGUGGACAGUGGUGUACCCACAGUGGUAGCCGCAGGAAAUAGCAACAGCGACGCCUGUAAUUACUCACCCGGCAGAGAACCUUCGGCUAUUACAGUUGGUGCAUCGACCCAAACAGACACAAUUCGUAGUUCAUCAAACUAUGGAUCAUGUGUGGAUAUCUUCGCCCCUGGGAGUGAAAUCAAAUCAACUUGGUACACCAGCAACGAUGCCACUGCUGUACUCAGUGGAUCCUCAAUGGCAUGUCCCCAUGUGGCAGGUGCCCUAGCUCUAAACGGCCGAAGUCGAACCGACCUUCUGGAGUCCGCUACCAGCGGUGUACUCCUGGACGUCCCUUCGGGCACGCCCAACAAGCUCCUCUAUGUCCAGUAACCGAGAUAUAAUGGAAAGCUAUCUCCACUUAUGUCUGCUGGCUGCAUUCUGAAUGUUUAAUUUUAACCGUGGACUAUGAAGUUGUGGUCUAACUAUGGAUAGCCAACAGUGA